UUCAAGAAAAAAUGGGAGAAAAUAGUAUUUCAAUUUCAAAAAGUGCAAAGUCCGGCACCGAGAAGAAGCUAAAGCUAUUUGGAAUCGAGCUUGAUCCAUCUCGAAUUCACAAGAAGGAUCAAGCCUCUGUGGUGGAGGAAAGCGACGAGAGUGUCAGUUCAUCGUCGCCUUCCUCCACCUUAAUAGAGAAACCGCCGCCCGUUGAUGGAAAAAACCCACCUCCGCCACCUCCCCCGUCCGAGGCGGCGAAGAAAUUCAAGUGCACCUGUUGUUUCAAGGUGUUUGCAAACUCACAAGCAUUGGGAGGCCAUCAAAAUGCCCACAAAAAUGAAAGAAUGAGGCAGAAAAAGCUGCAGCUCCAACUUCAAGCAAGAAAGGCCACCAAAAACCUCAAUUAUUACAUCAAUCCAAUUUUCAACAAAUUUAGUGACCAAAAUAGUGAGAAUUUUGUCACUUUUUGUGGGUCUAAGCCUGCUUUGCACAACAAGGAGAUUCAAAUUAAUUUUGGCUCAGACAUGAUCAAUUACGAUCACGAGUCGAGAUGGUACGAUGUAAAAUGUAAUAAUAUUAUUACUAAUAAUUAUUAUAUGCAGCAAAAUAAUAAGCAUAGGUUUAGUCUUAUACAAGUGGAUGAUUCUAGAGGGAAUUUGUCUCCCUCUUCACCUGAGUCAAAGAGGAUUUGUAAUAGAAAAGGAAUAGAGUUAGAUCUUCAAUUAGGGUUAGGUUUGUGAUAUUUUAAUUAUUUAUUAGUUUAUUCGAAUCUGUUUUCAAACUGUAUGGAGAAAGGUAAUAUAGUUAUAAAAUGUUUAUUUAUUUUUCUUUAUA